GGAGGAGCAGGAGGGGGCCCUGGGUCACGAGGCCGCAGACUGCCGGAAAGGGCUCUCCUCCACCCCCAUCAGCGCGGACACUUGGGCAGGGGGUGUUCAAAGCCGGAGGUGAAACCCAAGCGCGAUACUGGAGGCUGCUGCGUCCCUGCCUCAGUUUCCCCCUCUGCGUGCAUCCGGGUACCUCACUCCCAGCGGCGCGCUGGGUCGGGGUCCUCAGAGACCCUGGGCCACUCCAGUGCCUGGGAGGACGUAAGGUGAGCACCCCUUCGGGGCCCAUGUGCCCUCCCCAGGCCCAGACAGAGGUGGGCCCCACCAUGACUGAGAAGGCGGAAAUGGUGUGUGCCCCCAGCCCAGCGCCCGCCCCGCCCCCCAAGCCUGCCUCACCUGGGCCCCCAAAGGUGAAGGAGGUUGGCCACCGAGGCUCCUCACCCCCCAGGCUGCCCCCUGGCGUGCCAGUGAUCAGCCUGGGCCACACCAGGCCUCCCGGGGCAACCAUGGCCACCACGGAGCUGAGCACCCUACGGCCCCCGCUGCUGCAACUCUCUACCCUGGGAACGGUCCCGCCCCCCCUGGCCCUGCAUUACCACCCUCACCCCUUUCUCAACAGCCUCUACAUUGGGCCGGCAGGACCUUUUGGCAUCUUCCCCAGCGGCCGGCUGAAGCGGAGACCUAGCCACUGUGAGCUGGAGCUGGCCGAGGGGCACCAGCCCCAGAAGGUGGCCCGGCGUGUGUUCACCAACAGCCGGGAGCGCUGGCGGCAGCAGAACGUGAACGGCGCCUUCGCAGAGCUCAGGAAGCUGCUGCCAACGCACCCGCCCGACCGGAAGCUGAGCAAGAAUGAGGUGCUCCGCCUGGCCAUGAAAUACAUCGGCUUCCUGGUGCGGCUGCUGCGCGACCAGGCGGCCGCUCUGGCCGCAGGCCCCGCCCCGCCCGGGCCCCGCAGACGGCCAGGGCCAGCGCACCGAGGCCCGAACGACAGCGCCCGCCGCGGGCCGUGUCGCAGGGCCGAAUCAGUGAUGCGCUCGCAGCCCGCGCCCCCGGCCGGCCCCGACGGCAGCCCCGAUGGGGCGGCCCGGCCCAUCAAGACGGAACGAGCGGCCGUGAGCCCUGAGGUGCGGUGACCUCCGCGGGCGUGGCCUCGGAGCCGAGGGGCACCGGGAACUUAACCCCGGGGCGGUCGAGAAAGGGGCGGCCGAUGCUCUGCGCCUGCUCUGGAGCGAACUCCCCGGAAGAGGGACCAGUGAGGACGUUCCCAACGGGGGUAUAGGGCCCGGGGAUCUGGAGGGGCGACUGUCGCCCGCGGGGGCCCUGUAGGCCUUUUAUCACCCACCGCCCGCUGGAAAUGACCUUUCCCGCGUCUUCCUCCGGGGGACGAGGUCCGGGAACCAACAUGGCAGACAGGUCAUCGGA